AUGCAGAGGAAUCAACAGGGAAUCAAACCAAAACUCAAGAAUUUCAUGUCGUUGCAGUCAUCGGGCCAUUUAAGAAGCGAGACGGACCAGUCGCGAUCGACGACGCAGAAGAAGGUUCGACACAACGCCUACGCGCACAAGAAGAAGCAUAAAACACCGAAAGAAUCGAAGCGGCCGCGAGUUUCGAAAAACGCGACGUCGUCGUCGUCGCAUAUGGCGAAAUUCGAGCCCGAUUCGCAUCGGCCGAGAGAUUAUAAGGAGAAAGCCAAAAAAGGGGCGCGCGAGAAGGCGGCGAAGAGUCGUGACGUCGAAGUUGAAAUCACCAAAUUCUACAAGGAGAUCGCGUCGAAAAAAUCGAUCAAACCAAUCAAAUUCGCAACGAAGGCGAAGGAGAUUAGCAAUGAGGUGAUGCCCGAGAAAAUCAAGACGCUCACGAAGAAGCCGGUUGUGUCGAGAAUGGGAAAAACUGAUCCAACUUUAAAGUCUGAAGAUAUUACGGAACGCAUUUGCAAUAAUGAGAACAAGGGCAAAUUGUUUGAUGAGAAUGGACAGCCGUUUUGGACGCAGGUGCUUUUUGACCAAGCCGAAGCGGAUAAGGAGGGUGUCGAGGUCGAGGGCAGAAUCACGUCGGAGCACGUCGUCAAGUAUCUUGAAGGCGGAAUUUCGUUUACACCAGCGCCGACUGAAAAGCCGAAACUCGACGAGACCGAGAGUGUUGAAGUUCUAAAAAGUCGAGACGAAGCUUAUUUCUCGGAUGACGUCAUUAACGGAAACACACUCAAGAAUAUCAUUGAGCAUAGUGCAACUGCUCUGAGUCGGUGUACAGGGAAUGACGAUGGCGAACGGAAGAAGACAAUCAGCUCAGGAUCACGAUCGCCGAAUUGUGAUACGGAGGUCGGUGAGCUGAAGGUGAAGGAAUCGCACAGUGCCACACCUCUGCCGGUUCGCAUCCACUUCAAUUUGCGGCUAACCCAGACGGUUGUGUAUGACAGGUCAAAUCCAAUCAGCUCGAUCAACGAAUAUCUGGAAAACCAAAGAAAAAAGAUGAGGUCGAAGAACAGCUCUCAUGAGUGCUUCAGUCGGCAAUCGAAAGAUGUGUAA